AGACAGUAUUAGCAUUCAAGCAGUUGCAUGGUCUGUUGGAUGAGGGAACUGCUGUACAAGAAAGCUAAAAAAUAAAGUAGUACUUUGAUUUAUUUUGCUGAUGUUUCAGUCUAGUUCAUAAAGCACAGCAGAUUUCGAGACUAACUGCAGCUUUCUUGAGUAACACAGAAAAUGAAGGAAUUGCUGUCUUGACUUUGAGGAGCUAAGUAUGCAAGAAACUUCAGGGCUCAACUCACACCAAAAUAUAACUUUUUUUAAUAAACAGACAUUGCAGCGGGGAAAUAAGUGAUAAAAUAACAUUUGGAGUAUCUCAGAAUGUUAAGAUGAACUGUUAACUUCCUUUGACUUUUUUUCUUUCCUCUCUAUAGGCUGGUAGAAGCGGAAAGACAGUUGCAGAAUUGGAAAAAACAAUUGGUUUGAUGAAAAAGGUUGUAGAGAGAGUCCAAAGAGAAAAUGAGGAUCUGAAAAAAACUCCAGCUGUGGUUUCUAAUGAGAAAUUACUUGGUCUUGAACAGGAAAAUGAGAAGCUAAAGUCUGAAAUGGAAAAGAUGAAACUUCAGGUGGGGGACCAGCUGAGUAUGCGUCAUGACUCUAAAACCAAAGGAAUGGAAAAAGUCAUUACUGAAAACGAGAGGCUGCGUAAAGAACUGAAAAAGGAAGCUGACAAUGGAGAGAAGCUACGAAUAGCAAAGAAUAACUUGGAGGUAUUAAAUGAGAAGUUAACAGGGCAGCUGGAGGAAACCAUUAAGAGGCUAAAUCUGGCUGAGAGCCAAAUUGAUGGAGCUGACAGCAAAACCUGGAAGCCCAUUGUAACAAGGAUGCACAAAACGAAGAUAAAGGAAAUGGAAAUGCAUAUUGCUAAAAAAACCCAAAGCAUUACUGACCUUAAACGGCUGCUGCAGGAAGCAACAGAACGUGAACAGAAUGCUGAUAAAAACUUACAAGAUCUAAAAGAACAAAUUGAGCUUCUCAAACAGUUUCCUGAAGGUACAAGGACAGAGCAAAGCCUUUUCAGGGAGCUUCAGCUUUUAAGAUUAACUAAUAACCGAUUAGAGAAAGACAAAGCAGAACUAGCUCAGCAGGUGGAAGAUUAUAAGCACCACAUGCACACAUGUACAAGCGAAGUUUCUGCAGCUGGACAGAAUGAAAUUUUACAGAAGGAUAAAAGUGACAGGUUAAUGGAAGCAGCUGACCUCCAGACACAGUUGAAAGCCUCUGAGCUGGAGAAACAGCAAUUAAGGGUGAGUUGCAAAGAUCAUCCUGGGCAAGACAAUGAGACAGUGGUUAUCUAGGAGGAGUUGGUUAAUAUCUAAACUAAUAUCUA